UAUGAUCAAGAGAUGGAGUACUCGGUCCAAGAGAUGGAGUGGAUUACUCGGUCCCAAGAGACGGAGUAAAGUGAUUGAGAAAGAGAGCUUAGAGAAACGAGCAGAGCGAGAGCGAGAGACAGAGAGAGAUAUGGGUUUGGAGUCGGUAGGAGAUCUAGCCCUCCAUGUUAUUCUGACCAAGUUAGGCCCUAAAGAGACGGCCACAGCUGCGUGCGUCAACAAGAAGCUUAGGUCUUUGGCCUCCGAGGAUUCCCUCUGGUUCAAGUUCUGCUCUCAAGAUCUCCAUCUCAAUCACCCUCUUGACCCUCUCGGAAACUCUACCCCGUCUUUUAAGGUGUCUUAUCAAUUAUGGCGGGAAGCUUUCAGCAUGUAUCCUUGGCUCCUGGUCAUGAGAGUUAAUAGAUGUUGGGGCAGACUUAAGAACUGGUUGGACAUUAAUUUUCCAGAAGCCAAAGCUACACUAUGCAAGGGUGUAUCAGAAGCUGAUAUUCAAGAGUCGGAGAGAAUCCUGAAAGUGAAACUGCCUCUACCCACAAGGAUCCUCUACCGUUUUUGUGAUGGUCAAGAAUCGGUCAAACAAUCUUUAGUAAGUUCACAUGGAAGCUCAUUGGGCCUCAUAGGUGGCUAUUCUUUUUAUCAACACUUUGUAAAUGUGUAUUUGUUACCUUUAACUGAGGUGAUUUUAGAAACAAAGGCAAUUGUACGUCGUCCUGGUUUCUCCAGAAGAUCAAAGUAUAUUGUUGUGGCUGCUUCUUCCACAUAUGUUGAAAAGUUCUUUUUCCUGAACUGUACCACUGGUCAACUCUAUGUUGGUACUGCAAAUCUUCCAACUUGUGGAGAAAUGAUUCCAUGUGUACCAAAUGCAUUAAUAAGUUCAGUGCACGAUUUCAAUGGUGAUCAACAGCAGGAUGCAAUGCUGCUAUGGUUAGAAGAACAUGUACGUCGCUUAGAAAAUGGAGUAAUUAAACUCCGUGAGGAAGGUGGUUUCAAAAGUAUUAAUCUGUUUCCAGAGGACUCUCCACUCUGUUCCACUGCUAUAACCAAUGGAGUUAAAGUACGUGCUUCUGCUGUGUUUGUUCCGGAGUCUGCUGAUCUUCAAAAUGAGAAUGAGACGUAUACAUUUUCUUAUUCAAUCCGCAUGUCCCUUCUGCCUGAAGGAUGCGUCAUUCAUGGAAUAUGCUUCAGUUCAUGUCAACUGCAUCAAAGGCACUGGAUCAUCCGUGCUAAUGACAGUGUGGUAUCUCACGUGAAUGGUGAAGCUGUAAUAGGACAGUUCCCACUAUUGCUUCCAGGUGGGAAAGAAUUUGUUUAUGAGAGUUGCACGCCUCUACCAACUUCUUUGGGCUCCAUAGAGGGCUCUUACACAUUUGUCCCUGGCAGGUUAAAAAACCCAAAAGGUGCUCCAUUUGAAGUUGAAGUAGCAAGGGUUCCCCUCCAGUUGCCAGACUACAUUUUCUGAUACCUGCAACUCGAGCAUAUAUGAUUUACGUAUGAUGUGGUUUUUGUUAAUAUUUAUGAAAGCUUGUGCAGCUACAAACAUAUGAAUGGUCGUUAUAAGUUGCAUGUCUCGUUUCUUUAUCCGGAGUUGGCUCCGAAUAUAAGAAGGAUUCAUAUUUCAUAUUUCUUUAUCC